UCUUCCCGAUCAAGUUAAUCUAAUCUCUCUUUCUCUCCCAAAAUUUUGCCUUUAAAAAAAAAAAAAAAAAAGGUUCUCUCUAUUGUGUCUAAGUAGCCCUUUUUCUUUUCAAUCAAGCAGUCUCUCCAUUUCUGGAAAAUGGAUGUUAAAGCUGUUGGAAAUUGCGGCCAAAGCGAAGAGGAUCAGAUCAUGGACUUGAGGAGAGGUCCCUGGACUGUUGAAGAAGACUUGAAGCUCAUCAAUUACAUUGCUGUUCAUGGCGAAGGUCGAUGGAAUUCCCUGGCUCAUUGCGCAGGUCUUAAACGGACCGGGAAGAGCUGCAGAUUACGGUGGCUGAAUUAUCUUCGUCCCGAUGUCCGACGAGGAAACAUCACUCUCGAAGAACAGCUCCUGAUUCUUGAACUCCAUUCUCGUUGGGGAAACCGAUGGUCGAAAAUCGCCCAAUUCUUACCGGGAAGAACUGAUAAUGAGAUCAAAAAUUACUGGAGAACCCGAGUUCAAAAGCAUGCGAAGCAGCUCAAAUGUGACGUGAACAGCAAGCAAUUCAAGGACACCAUGCGUUACCUCUGGAUGCCGAGGUUGGUUGAGAGGAUUCAGGCGGCAACCGCUGCUUCCGCCAACACACCUGCCACCGCAUCCACCUCCUCCUCAGCCAACAGGACUCAUGAUCACCACCAGUUGAACAACAACAUUCACGAGGUGGGAUCUGGUCCAAUGGUCGUUCCCCAAGACUUUGGCGGUGCACAAGUAAACCCUAGUUACACGCCGGAGAACUCUAGCACCGCAGCCUCGUCUGAGUCGUUUGGCCCUCAUGUUUCUCCGGUGUCGGAUUUAACCGAUUAUUAUUACAGUAUCCCAGCCAAUAACAACCCUAACCCGGAUUAUUACCAACCGGGUCAAGUCGGUUUCUCCGAUUCCUUAAUUAGUCCGUCCAGUUUUUACAACAACGGAUCAAAUUUCCAGUCCAUGGAACAGAGUUCUUGGUUGGACGUCGCCGCCGGCGAUGCAUCGGACAAUUUAUGGAAUGCUGAUGAUCUAUGGUACUUACAGCAACAGAUGAUCAUCAGCAACAACACUGUAUGAAAAUUAGUUAAAAUAAUUGGGGGAUGUAGAGAGGUUUCAAAUUGAAUUAUAUACGACAUAAUUUGUGAAGAUUAUGGAUAAUUGUGGAUCGAUCAUAAUUAAGUUAAUUAAUUUAC